AGAGAACGGUUCUCCAGACUAUCUCAGCUAUUGCAGCAAGUGCCGGGGUGUUCUGUAGAAGACGUAGAAAGGUUAGACCGAAGGAUUGAAUCUAUGAAGAGUAACAAAGACUUUGGAAAUGAAAAAAUGAAAAGAGAAUCUAUGAAAAAAUUGCUACGAACUGUGAUAGCGACUUCAGUUGGUGAGCAGCACAGAAGACCAGUCCAUCUCCGUUCACUACCUCCCAUUCCAAGAAGGAAAGAACGUUCUGAAGAAGACUUCACAGAUUUUGGAUUAGUAUUUGGUGAUAUCUAA